AUGGGAGAUUUCGGCUGGGCCACCUUCUCCAAAGCCUCCACCUUCGAGGCCGCCAGCAGCGGAUUUCAGGUCUCUCCUUGUGCCCUGGCGCUGUCGACCAGCGCCAACGCCUGCCUCUCCGAGACAGGCGUCUGGGGGGCGCCGGUGCCGCUGGGCGCGGCGGCCGUCGCCGGGGGCCUGGGCAUCCUGCUCGGCGUCCUCGCGGUGCUGCUGGUGCAGGCGACCAUCUGCACGUGCCUGGUGUCGGUGCGGAUCUGCCUGUGGGGCUUUUGGAAGGCCACGCCGGCGCCUCCGCGAGUCGAGCGGCCGGAGCAGCUGGCGCCCGUCGUGGACGCGCCCGUGAAGGUGCAGCUAGCCAUGCCGGCCAAGUCGCUGGUGCGCCGGGCGCUCAACCUGAAGGCAGGGGACGUGGUGUUCCUCGACUACGGGGAGGCAGGGGAACCGUGGCAUGAGAGGCUGAUCCUCGCUUCUUUGGGCGGGGCGAAGUAUCUGGUGCUGACCCCCGACGAGGACAUGUACGAGGAGGAGAUCGACACGCGCAGCGUGGCUGACUUCCGGCAGGCGGGCCCGCGGGGCGGCUUGCCGGCCGGCCUUGGGGCAGCGAAGGGCCAGCCGGUCUACCGCUUCACGGAGCGGCCGCGCGGCGCUGCGCUGCAAUCGUGGAUCGACGCGGCGGAGGAUCAGGCCGUGGAGCUGCGCGCGGCGCGGGGGCUCGCCGAGGAGCCUGAGCCUCCGCCCUUGGCUGACGGGGGCGCUCCCUCGGGGGCGGGCGCCGCGGGCUCCGGCGCGACUGGCGAGCGGGCCGACUGGGUCUGCGUGGUCCCCGAGGGCGACGUCAAGCGGGGCGCGGUGCACUCGCUCCCGGACUCGCUCGACACGCCGUCGGAGAACUUCAUGGCGUUCGGGCAGCACGGGCUCUACGACUUGGGCCGUCGCGGCAAGUCGGCGGUCCUGGUCAGGCUGGCGCCGGGCGAGACCGCGGACGAGGCCAUGCGGGCCUUCGUGGCGGCCGCGGCGCCGGAGGCUGUCGGGGGGACGCCGACGCCGCCGCCCGCCGAGGACGCCCGCACGCUGGCGAUCAAGCGGGACGCGGCCGGCCGCCGCUUCCGGGACCUGAAGAGUGUGGCGGACUCAUCGGAGCGGUGCGAGUUCGAGGACUGGGCGCUGUCUGGGCCCCGGACUGCCUUGUACGUGGUGAAGGAGAUUGCCAAGCAAAGCGGUGGCCCGGUCCAGCGCCACACCACUUGGAAGCACGAGAACAAGCUCAACGAUGACGAGCAUAGCGUGGUGGCCCACGAAAUGCUGUCGGAGAUUUUGGAGAUGGCUUGCACCUACGACCAGGUCGACGUGGCCAACCUGGCGAGCAUGGAGGCGCUCGCGAGGCACCUGCAGUUCCUGGAGCACAAGAUCAAGAAGAAGAAGGAGACGAUCAAGGAGUUCGAUUCCCAGGACUACUACCUGGGCCGCACCAGGAGGACGGGCGGGGCCAUCAUCAGCCCGGAGCUGCUGAAGUGGGUCGCGGAGUCCGCGGCCCGGGAUUCGGCCAUCUUGAAGGAGGAGCGCAAGGCUGCGGAGGAGCCGCUGGAGCGCAUGGUGCCGAGGGAUCUGCUGCCCUUGCCCUUGGUGCCCGCGCCGCCGGCUCGGGGCGCGCGGUCGUUGCCGCGCCGCUCCGCCCAGAGGAUCGGCCGCAGGUCUGCUGUGGGCCGCCGCGUGAAUGACUGCAUCGCCGCCCUGAACAACCUGCACGGGGUCGGCGACUUUUGCUCGAAGGCCCGUCCUUCGGAGGCACAAUUUUCUGCUGUGGACAUGCUCUGGCAGGCCGUGUCGGACGACAAGCCGCCGGACGACGCCCCCAGCCCCGAGGCAGCCCUCGUGGAGUUGCUCGGCACGGGUAGUCUGGGCUAUGGCCCCGACGGCCCCACUGUGGUUGCGCCGUAUGAUCGCGGCCUGGUUUCGUGGCCUGAGUCGGCGGGCUGCGUCAGCUUGCUGGAGGUGCUGCCGGAGCCAGACCGCCAGGAGGUGAUCGACGGUAAGAAUUCGACGAUGCUUCGCGCUGAAGAGGUUCGCCCGGGCGCCACCAAGGUGCACUGGGAUAAGACCUUGCAAUCCGACACGGACGAGUACCAGCGGUUCGUGCAGGACCUGCUGGACCGCGGCAUGGUGGAGCUGCGGACUCGUCGCGAUUUUGAAGUGGGAGUCUUCUUCGUGAAGAAGAAGUCGGGCCGCCUGAAGCUCAUUGUGGACGCUCGGGCUGUCAACCAGGCGCUGAAGCGGCCGCCGACGAUCCACAUGGCGUCCACCGCGGCGCUAGUGAACAUGGAGGUCGAGGACGGCGCCCAGCUGGAGUUCUCGAUCCAGGACAUCGCGGACUGCUUCUACCAGUUCCGCGUGCCGGACUACAUGGUGCCGCGGUUCGGCAUGCGCCCGCUCAGGGCUAGGCAGCUGGGCGCGAAGGUGGUCGACGACCUCGCGGUCUCAGAGGGGGCGUGGGUCUACCCAUGCCUGCGGGUGCUGCCCAUGGGCUUCGCGUGGGCCAUGCGCUGGACGCAGCAGGCGCACCGCGAGCUGCUGCGGCGAGGAGGCCUCGGUGGCAUCGAGAGCGAGCUGGUGGACAGGCAGAUCGCUCCGGGCGUGGACUCGCCUCAGGUGCCGAGGGUCGUCUACGUGGACAACGAGAUCUUCGUCUCGUCGCGACCAGGCGCCACCCGGGGUGCGAGGAGGCAGGCGGCCAAGGUGAUGGCCGAGGCCGGGCUGCCGCUGCACGAGGUCGAGGAGAGCAAGACGGUCGUGGAGGCGCUGGGCCUGGAGCUGGAUGGCAUCAAGCUGCGGGCCCGGCUGGCGCGGGCCAAGCGCUGGAGGCUCGGGCUGGGCACCCAG